AUGGAAAAAGGCACUGUGCAACUUCCACCACUUGAUACACCGAGGCAAACCUUCACGCAGGGGAAUAAGAAAAAACGAAUGUUGGAAGUGGAAAAAUCAUCUGCUGUGAAAGGGAGAAGCAUUAGCACCGCCAGUACAACCAAGAGGAGCAUCAAUAGACCUGGCAAAGAAGCUGCGGUUCCUGUAGAUACAGUGAUGGAGAUGAACAAGAAAUCCAUAGCGCUCAUGAAAGAUGGGAAGAUGAAGGCAAGUUAUGACAUGCUACAAACGGCUCUGGCUGCUGCUGAAGCUGGCGUGCGUCGUUUUCCGACUGUUUCAAAGGAGUCCAAUUCAGAAGCCCAGGAACAGCGUGAGGCGUGGCUUCUUGCAUUUGCAGCCACGCUAAGCAACUUGGGAUGUUUACAGCGCCGGGAUAAUCAAUUGUACGAGGCCAUUCGUUACCUCCAGGACGCACGCAAUGUGGAAUCGCAGGUCUUUGGAAGGCCCUCCUGUUCCACCAUGGUGAAUCUGUCCGCUGUACUUCUUGAAUUGGGAUCAACUGAGGAGGCGCUUGUUAUUUCCCGUGAUUGUGUCUUGGCCUCAGAGCAGAGUGAUCCAAUGCUUCAUACUAUUGCGCUACACAACUAUGGUGUGACAUUGAGUCAGCAUGCUUCAGAAGAAAUGCGGCAGUCGGCGGUACCUGUGCUUAUGAAAGCGUUGCGGCAAGCCCAAUUACAUUUAGGCGAGGAGCACCCCACAACGAUGCUUAUUCGUCAGCACUGUGGCAUGACACUUCAGAAACCACAAGAGCAGGGCGAGAAGUGCCAACUUGGUAGCACAGCUUUUGUCACACAGGGUCAUCGAGAAGAAACCAAACAACCGUUAGCUGCAGAUGAGCGGCUGCCGCCGCUUGUUCCAGCAUCUAAAUAUCUCCAGCAAGCAAAGGAGGCUGUGGAGUCAUUGAAUUACGGUGAUAUACCAUUAUUUGGGGAAAGCCAUGCCUCCUCUUAUACGGAGAGUAAACAAGAAUCAAAAUCUACUCAGCGAUCAUCCAAACCAGAGACGGAUUUAAAAUAUCAAUCCGUUACGAGUUAUGGACGGGGAAAAGAGGAAUUGUCGGAGGACUUGUCUAAACGCAGAUCCUCGCCGAAUGAACCCGUAGUGGUUUUUUUCGAGAGUGCCGCUGAGGAAACGUUGGCAAGACAAUACUCUUCUAUGGUGACCGUAUUAACUGCUUCCUGUUCAUGCUCAGCAGAAGAGUCAGUGGAAGAAGAAAAAGAAGAGAGAGAAAAGAGGACGAAAUGCGACUCGGACAUUGAUGAUGAUGACGAUGGUAAGAAACGCAUGAGUCUCAAGGUGGUAACACCAACUCUGAGGGAAGGUAAAAAGGAGUCUGAUGUUGUUUAUGAUCCGCUGGAACACUCGGAAGAGAGCAGAAAAGGUAGUGGGGCCAAUAGUGACGCUCAUGGUGGCGCCGGCGAGGGCGCUGAACCUUCAAAGGGUGAAGAGGAAGGGAAAUGUCACCAGACAGCGAUGGAGCCGCCCAAACUUGAUAUGACUCAACGACCUGCGACGUUUACAAAUACUGGGUUUUUUUUUGUCAUUGGGGCUCAAGCAAAGCAACCAGAGUUGCCAUUUUAUCGUUUUGCGCCAUUGGAGGCUUCGUUACUGGCCAAAGAGUCCAGUGGUGAGCAGAAUGCGGCGGCAACGGAGGCUUCCACACCAAAACUCGAGAAGCAAAAGUUGCUUAAACCUGUUGAAGAAGAAGAAGAAGAAGAAGAGGAGGAAUAUGAAGAGCAAGAGAUGUGUGGUUUUGAGCACAAGGAAAUUCAGGGAAGGGAAAAGCACUGCUUACCGACGCCUGUAAAGGCUAUUGCGAAAAAGAGAGAAGCUUUUGUGAAGCUAAUUGGUGUUAACCCAGCUAUACGUCGUGAGGAGAACAUUCGACAAGAACGGCUGGAAGAGGAAUUGCUUCGCUCUCGCCUUCGCAAGGAAGCUGAGGAGAAGGCCCAAAAGGAACACUUUGAGCGCACCUUAGCGGCGAUCGUAUCUCGCACAAGGGACAGAGCUGUGAGGAAGAUUCAAUACAUGUGGUGUAUGUGGUGGAAUUCUGUGGGGAAACGGCGACGCGAACUGCUUAUUAAACGUACAGAGGAGAAGGCGCGGAGGGAGCGUUUGCGUCAGGCUCUCCUUGAACAUGAGCAGCAAGUAGAAGAGCAACGACGGCAGAAAAGGAUGAGCAAAAAGAAGAGCGGGAUUGAAGCUAUUCCGUCUGUAUUUUGUUGUGGUAAGAAGUGGUUGUUGAGGACACUAUGUGUGCGGUAUUUGGCACGGCGCGGUAUCCCUCGUGAUGAUAAAAAGGAGGCCUUCUUUGUGUUGCAGUUGUCCAAAAUCCAGGCCGUUUGGAGGGGACACUACGUUCGUCUGCAAAUGCGAGAUAAAAGCGUUGCUCGAGCCCAGAAACGAAUGUGUAAUGAGCAAUUGGAACGUGAGGUGUACGCUGCAAUGGUCAUUCAGAUGUGUGUUCGUCAGUGCCUUGCCCGCAAGGCACGGGAGAAGAAUAUAAUUGAGCACUAUGGUCCGCCUGCGAUAAAAAUCCAGCGAUGGUUUCGCGCUGUUAUGCCUCGCCGGCGUGGGCUUGGUGUGGAUAAGGUAUCAAAGUGGCGAAAGCAGUAUUCUGCUAGAUUGAUUCAGCGUGCCUGGAGAGGGUAUCUUUGUCGUCUGGCGUACUUUAUGGAAAAACUGCGUUAUAAGUUAGAUGAGGAUAAAAGACAUAAGCGUGUUGCAUCUUCCGUGUUACAACGUGUUGGCCGUGGAUUUAUAUGUAGGUCUUUGAUAUCGAGACAGUGGCUGAAAAGAACCUGUCUUCGCACAACGGUGCAUCUCCUUGAGUGGGGAGACGGUGAACUGGAUAGAAAGAGGAAUGUCAUCCCCACUUCCCCCCCACCGACUGUGACGUAUGUUCCUACGCCGGUUGAGGAGGUGAAUGCCAUAGCACAAAUGGAGCGCGAGAAGUAUCAUAUUGGACUUUUUGUCGAUGUCGUUGCUAAGCGUCAUUGCACUGAAUGGAAAGAGGCCCUGCGUCUGCGUCCCUUUGAGGUGCUUCGACGUCGCGCACAUGAAAAUCAUCUUUGUGAACUUGAACUGAACGCCUUCAGGCGGGAGCACGCGGCUGUAAAGAUACAACGGGAGUUUCGUCAGUGGCUGCAUAUCCGUGACUCGCCCUUUCGCGACAAGACCUUGUUACUCAUUGCUCGCGGUGACUAUCAGGUUUUGGAAUACGGCCGAAAAAUUGAUCGCAUACGACACACGCGUGAGCAAGAGGCAGGACAGGAGAUCUUUGGUGACCAAGUUGCACCCAUGCGCAAAGCUAGAGCUGCAGCUCAGGCAGAAUUGCGAGAAGUUCAUCCAUUGGUGAGGACUCAUGUCCCACAAGACAAGGUGCGAAGCCUAGUGGAGCGUCGAGAGGUUGAAAAUGAGUUACAACGAGAUGAGCACUUGAUAAAACAACAAUUACAUGCAGAAGCUCUUCUUCAACGACGAGAGUCCCAUCUGCGUCGAGCAAUAGAGGCGGGGAUCAUAAGUUCACAGGAUGGUUUCAUACAAAAAAAGUUAGUACAGUAA